AAGUUUUGAAAUACAUGAGCUUGAUGAGUGUAUCUACUGAAUAUAUUUUAGCGUGCUAUAUUUCUGUGCUUCUAUGAGGCUUCUUGCCUGUCGCGGUAUUUAGCAAGUGGUGUUGUGUGUAAAUGUGCUUGGGUGAGUACACCCCAAUGAAACACCUGUCAUCCCUCAGCAAUAGAGAGCUUACAGUACCAGUUACUUACGGGGGGAGGGGUGGUAAGAUAAUUACAUCAAAAUAUGGUCCUGGAUUCGUGCAAACAGGUAACUUGGCCAUCACAGUUUGGAUGUCACUUGGAAAAUCAUCUGGAUUAGCACUCAUGUUAUUCUCUUUCCACUCCAAAAUUAAUUAUAAUUGCUUGAUAGUUGCUGAUAAGAAAAUACAUGAUAAUGUAUAGCAAGCGAUUUUUAGGCCCAAAACGACUUUUCUUGCCAAACCUGUGAUUUGUAGGGCCUUGAUUACGAGAAACGAAAUGAAAGCUGCGGCGUUUAAACGAGUAUGAAACGGAUAAUGUAUGGCUAUAGGACAAAGUGAAAUGCGUGACUAAGCCUGUGGUAGAGCAGUAAAAUGCGUGAUUAUAGAACAAAGUGGAAUGGAUGACUAUGGUACAGCAGUGAAAUUCGUGAUUAUAGAACAAAGUGGAAUGGAUGACUAUGGUACUGCAGUAGAAUGCAUAAUUAUAGAACAAAGUGGAAUGCGUGACUAUGGGAGAGCAGUAGAAUGCGUGAUAAUAUAACAAAGUGGAAUGCGUGACUAUGGAAGAGCAGUAGAAUGCGUGAUAAUAUAACAAAGUGGAAUGCGUGACUAUGGAAGAGCAGUAGAAUGCGUGAUAAUAUAACAAAGCUGGACGAACUACUUCAUGAAAAACGUUGUUAGGGAACGGCGAAGAACGUGAGCCCACGACCAAAAGGUGCUUCGCUUAUGGGUAAUAAUUAUUCAUAAGUAAUAGGGAUAAUACGAAGAUGUCUAGAUCCAUACAUUAGUAAGAUUUAUGAAUAUCUAUGCUGCAUUUAGUAAAAAUGAAGAAUGUGCGACUAAAGUAUAUGAUUCGAAUCCGUACCAUUGCAAGAAUAGUGGGAUGCGUGACAUUGUAAGAAUAGUGGGAUGCGUGACAUUGUAAGAAUAGUGGGAUGCGUGACAUUGUAAGAAUAGUGGGAUGCGUGACAUUGCAAGAAUAGUGGGAUGCGUGACAUUGCAAGAAUAGUGGGAUGCGUGACAUUGCAAGAACAGUGGGAUGCGUGAAACAUUUCGAAUCUCACUUGCGCUUUGUACGUUUGUGCUUUCGCAAAGACUAUUCGGUGGCAUAAUAAAACUAACAUUUUGCGUUCAAAUAUUGCGCCAGGUUACAGUAUACUUUUUGGUUUGAGCAGUGAUUUGAAAACUAAUGAGGUCGAAAUAUAGUUCUUCGGCAACCUUUAUUUAUUGGACAUUUUCAUUUCAGAUAGGCAGUACUUAUAAAAAAUGGAUAGCGACUCAUUCGAUUUCAUUUGCCCUUUGACUCGAGUCACGUGACCUGACACUACCUGUCCGCAUGUCAGCUGUUUAUGUCAUCGCGUCACUGGUCACGUGAUGAGGACCCGUAUGAGCCAGAAGCCUGUCUUUUUGCCACCAGAAAUGUUUUUACCUUUUAGAAACGAUAACAUUUGACACGCCUGGUCGGUUUCUCCCCGUAUAAUGCUUGUGAAUCUUUAGGAAUCAUCUUUAUUUGUCAUGUCUUCUCGAGUGCACUUGGAUGCUCCUUCUACCUACAAUUCAAAACACCCAGGAAAAGGUCUUGCGAGAUUGUCAAAUAAGCUGAUCAAGUGUUCGAGUCUGCUGAUAACGUGCGCGCUGGUGAUGGUGGUACCUUGUGCUUCGGCGCAUCACUGGAUCCCGCGUAAACACGAGAUGGGUCACAAUGUACGCACAGGACAUGCGCACAGCAAGCACCCAAUCAACCAGCCGCUCAGAUUUGAGGUCGUCUACGAUGAAAGCAUCGAGAGUCUCAGCGCAGAGAAGAAUCAACUAGUCACAGAAAAACUAAUCCCUGAAGCUGUACACUACUUUCAUUACACGUUCAGCGUGCGGCCGAUAAAGAUACCCAUUAAGCUACAGAGGACUUGUAAAAACAAUGCGUAUUUCCUUAAAGACGAAACAGGGACAAAGCUAGGGGAUGUUCAGUAUUGCAAGGAGGAGUGCGUGACCACGAGGUGUGGCCCUGUCACGGUGCCCGCACGCCAUCUUGAUCAGUGCCGCGUGUGUGACGCAAGGGGACUCGAGUGUGUCCGGAUGCCUGGGGACGAAUGGGCGUCUGGUCCAGGUAUCACCAGAAGAGACUUUGUGUUGUACGUGUCGUCAAUACAGACGUCUCACUGCUCCGUCGCUAACGCCGUCGCCUACGCCUCCUACUGUCAACAAGAACACAUGCUGGACCGUCCGGUGGCCGGGUUCGCUAAUCUGUGUCCGGACAGGCUGGACACGGACCCUCGACAUUACUCGAAUUUGAUCUCUACGGUCAAGCAUGAGGUGUACCACGCCCUUGGGUUCAGCGCGGGUUUAUACGCGUUCUACCGGGACAAACAAGGCGCACCCCUCACCCAACGGAGAAAGCACGGUCUGCCCGUGUACAAUGACAAAACUAACCUAUAUCAAUGGAGUAACAAGGUCGUUAAAAAAGUCACGCGCAAGAAGUGGCAGGUUCGUCACGGUCAUGUCACGCACUCCGUUUCUAUGAUUGUCACGCCCCGUGUUGUGCGGGUAGCGAGGGAGCACUUCAACUGCGCGACUCUCGAGGGGGCGGAGAUUGAAAACCAGGGAGGGACUGGUACCGAGCUUACACACUGGGAAAAGCGACUGUUUGAGAACGAGGCGAUGACGGGGACGUAUACCCAGAACCCGGUCUUCUCACGGUUGACUUUGGCCCUAAUGGAGGACACGGGCUGGUACAAAGCGAACUACAGCAUGGCGGAGACUCUAGACUGGGGCAGGAACCUCGGCUGCGUGUUCGCUAAGGAAAGCUGCCGCACGUGGAUGCAGAGUCACGUGGCCCAUAACAAGUCCUCGGAGCCAUUCUGUUACACCCUGAAACAAGCGCCACUACGCAUGCGCUGUACACAUAGCAAACUCUCCAUCGCACUCUGUAAUCUGCGCAAAUACCCCCAGCCUCUCCCCCCAGAGUACCAAUACUUUAGCCACCUGCCCAAAGAGAGCUCACGUAAGACGCGAGAGGCGGUAUUCGCAGACACGGACUCGUACGGCGGCGCUGUACCACUCGCUGAUUACUGCCCUUUCUAUCAAAAAUUUACUCUGACGGGCAUGGACGGGACAAAGAGAGAGACCACGUGUACAGUCUCAGAAAAUGGUCCGCCCGCACAUGGCAACUACGCCCUGGAGAGCUACGGUGCCACUUCGAGGUGUUUCGAGCAGGGUCGCCCCUGGCAAGCGAAGAGGGGGCUGCUGACGCGCACGAUGUUGGACUGGGGAAGCGGUUGCUAUAGAUACCGUUGCAAGGACGGUAUUAAGAUAGACAUCGGUAAUCAGACCUACUCCUGCUAUAAGGCUGGUCAGCGCAUUGAGGUGCGAGGCGUGCUCAGGAACUGGAAUGUCAGCGGUUCACUUGUUUGCCCGCCAUGCAGGGUGUUCUGCGGGGACACCACAGGGUGCCCGAUGGAGUACACGACUAGCGAGCUGGAGCUGACCUUGGAUGGUAGUCAGGGCUCGGCCAGCGGCCUCCACCUAUCCGCGAGUGCGCUUAUCUUAAGCCUUUUAUCUCACGCUCUCCUUUUAUCUCACGAUCUCAGUGCUCUGUCACGCAACAUAUGAACCGACGCCGACGAGAGCUACGUGAGCUACGGUUAAGAUGCAUCAUGUUUUAGGAAUUAAAAAAAUUCAAAAUUUUAGGAAUUCUAGUAAACAUGCGUGAAUUAAAGCGUUUUCUAAAGAGAUAGAUUCGAAUACGUGCGUUAUACGCAAACCAAAAACGAUGCAUAAGGGUAAGAACAGACUAUUUGAAAAGGAAUUAGAGCUGUUUUAGGAUUUUUUUUUUUGGGGGAUGAUGCAUCUUUGCCACUUGCUAUUUCUACAUUUCGCGAAAUGUCUUUUUUGUAACAAUUUUGUAAUAAAAAAGGUUUUUUAUAAAAAAAAUGGGUUGUCAUUCGUCUUAACAAGGAUCUAAAUGGAAAAUAAAAAAAUGCAGUUAACA